AUGGCCGAGAUUUUCAAUAAUCUACUCAACAAAAGAACGUUUAGAUCAUCGGACUCCUCGGACGACGCAACCACAUCGCCUGAGGCGAAAAAACCUAUGAAGUACGAUUCACCGCUCACUGUAGGACCCGAACAAGAAGAAGAUGAAGUAAUGACAGCUCUUAAUAUCUCGUAGGAGGUUGGGGCGAAACUACAAAAGAUUUUGGAAAAGCUAGAAAAGCUAGACACGAUAGAACUGUCUUUGAAGAUAAGUGAAUCCAAACUGGCAAGUCUAGAAACACGAACGAUAGCGUUGGAAGCUUUCAAAGAAGAAGCCAAGAAGGACAUAAGCGAGUUGAAAGAUGACGCCAACUUUGCUGAAAAACAAUUACAGGAGAAGUCUCAAGAGUUAGCAAAGGCACAAGCAGAAAUUGCCGAGCUCACGAGGAAGGUGCAAAAACAUGAAGAAGCAGUUAAGGAGACCGAGUCAGAAAGCUUAUAUCUUGAGGCCUAUUCUCGACGAGAAAACAUCAAGUUUAUGAACAUCGAAGAAGGACCUCCAGUCCAACCUGAAGACACCGAGGGGAUUUUAAGAGGCUUUUUAGAACGCGAACUGGGAUAUGUAGAUACUCAGAAUGUAGAAUUUCAACGUGUCGACCGCACAGGAAAAACCAAAGAUGAGAAUCCUCGUCUAAUGCUUGCACGUUUCCUGAGGUAUAAAGAUGUGCAAAACAUUUUUUCACUGGAACACCGCUUGAAAGGAUCAAAGUUUCAAAUGUUCCGAGACCUACCGACUGAAAUUGUUGCUUUCUCUAUUAGCUUUUCAGUUUUUUCUUGUCUUUUAAACGUAGGAGAGAGCCUAGGAAAACGCGUCUUUCGUCCCCAGUCAAAUAAACCUUUUAUUGAUUUAAUGUGCGUAUCUCUGUUUACAUUUUGCCUGCCAAUGUUUAGGUUGCUGUGUUUUAAGUAACCCUACUGUUAUUUUAUUUAACCUCUUGUUUAUUUUUUUUUUAUUUCUCAUAUUUGUUUUUUAUUGCCAGAAUACUCCUUGGGCAAAGUCAGUCGAUGCUAACUGACACAAACGUCUAAAAGUGGAUCUUAAAAUAGGAUCAAUUAAUGUUAGAGGUUUGGGAGACCAGGUCAAGCGGCGAGAAAUCUUUAACUGGCUUCGAGCAAAAAAAUAUUCAGUACAUUUUAUUCAAGAAAUUCACUUCACAGAAAACAAUAAGAAUGAUUGGCUGGCCGAAUGGGGCUAUCAAACUUUGUUCAGCUGCUGAACCAGCAAAAAGGCAGGUGUUGUCAUACUUUUUAAUAAUAACUUCACCUUUCAAAUUUCUAAAACAUAUUCCGAUCCCGAGGGACGGUUUAUAAUAUGUGAUCUGACUUUAAAUAAGAACCAAUUAACGCUGACAAACAUUUACGCUCCAAACAACGAUGAUUCAAAUUUCUUCACCUCGGUUUUUAGUCAUCUGGCUGAUUUCAAGUGCGACGAGAUCAUAAUAGGUGGCGAUUUCAAUUUAGUUUUAGAUGUCGAAAAAGAUAAAAAGGGUGGCCUUGCAAGAACUCAUAAAAAAUCAUUGGAAGUUAUCAAUAGCGCCUCUGAAAGCUUAGAUCUGAUCGACGCCUGGAGAGUUCUAAAUCCCGACUCUUCCAGAUUUACAUGGCGACAAAAGAAGCCUGAAAGCCACUGUAGACUUGAUUUCUUUCUAAUUAAUCAAUGCACUUUCUGUAAUAUUAUUAAUGCAGAGAUAUUAGCAGGACAACUUUCAAUAUGACAAAGACGUGGCAUUGUCAAGCUUAUUCCAAAGAAAGAUGCCGAGCUCAUUCUCAUUAAAAAUUGGCGACCAUUAACGCUGUUAAAUUGUGGAUUGCAUCAAAAGCCAUUGCAAGUCGUAUCAAAACUUUUCUUCCAAAGCUAAUGUCAGAUGAUCAAACAGGCUUUCUUAAAGGCAGGUGUAUCAGUGAGUAUAUUCGUUUGUUGGACAGAGUCAUCAAAUACACAGAAGGAAGAAACAUUCCGGGCCUUCUUCUUUUUAUCGAUUUUGAGAAAGCUUUUGACGCUAGAGUGGCCUUUUAUCCGGAAAACUCUCCAGCACUUCGUUUCGUGCCCUUACUGUUAAAUUGGAUUGAACGUUUUUACUGUAAUAUUGAAAGCUGUAUCCUAAAUAAUAGAUGGGCAAGUAACUUUUUAAAACUCAGUCGAGGAGUUACUCAAGGCUGUCCUUUGUCGCCAUAUCUAUUAUUCUAUCUGCAGAAAUACUUGCUGACGCCAUUCGGAAAAAACAGAGGAUUAAAGGCAUAGAAAUAAACGGCAUUGAUUUCAAGUUAAGUCAAUAUGCCGAUGACACGACACUAAUCCUGGACGGCUCCGAAGAAUUCUUUUUAGAACCUGUAAUUUUAAUAGAAACUUUUGGUAACAUAUCUGGUCUCAGACUCAAUAUCAAAAAGACGGAAGCUCUGUGGAUAGGGUCUAAAAAAGAUUGUGACCUAAACUUCUUCCAGAAAAAGACUUCAAAUGGCCAAAGAAAAAGGUCAAAGUGCUUGGGGUUUGGCUCUCAACGGACCCCAGUAUAAUAAUAUCCUUAAAUUACAAAGAAAAAAUUGAAAAAAUCAGAUCGAUCCUCGAAUGCUGGAAAUUUGCUGCAGACUUACAUUAUUAGGGAAAAUAGCAGUUUUAAAGAGCCUGGUUGCAUCUCAUUUAGUCUACAUAUUCUCACCUCGGUAAACUUACCGCGAAGCGAUCAAAGAAAUCAACACAAUUUUCUAUAAGUUUCUAUGGAAUGAUAAAGGAGACAAAAUCAAAUGAAAGAUAAUGAUUAAUAACUAUUCCGAAGGAGGACUAAAAAUCGAUCGACGUUGCUUCUUUUAACAAAUCCCUUAAAGCCACGUGGAUCCAGAAAUAUCUGGACCCUGAAAGUCGCAGUAAAUGGAAGCGACUCUUUGAUUCCGAACUUGAAAGAAAUGGAGGUGAAGCGAUAUUAAAAGGAAAUCUCAACAAAAAAGUUGUUAACAACUUAAGAAUUUCAGACCCUUUUGUGAAAGAAAUACUUGUAAUUUGGUCGGAAGUUUUUUUCCAGGAAACAAUGGUAUCUGAAGAACAUCUUUUGUGGUCACCUUUGUGGCAAAACUCUCUGAUAAGAAUUCAGAAUAAGCCUGUUUUUUAUAACGACUGGCUUGUUAAGGGUAUUACGCAAGUUAAACAUUUAAUGGAUGAAUCCUCCAAUUUCUUUUCCCUUGCUCCUUUUCAGAUUAAAUAUAACUUGCAAGUUUGACCUCUAACCUUCUUUGGAUUAAUCUCAGCAGUCAAUCGUCUACGAAGACAAAACACCAAAACUCAAUCUAAGUAUGAAAAUUGUUUUUCAAAAUUUCUUAUGAGUCGAAAGCCAUCUAAAUUUAUCUACCAAGAAAUUGUGUCAAAAAACUGUAAGUGGCCAAUUUCAUGUCAAGAAAAGUGGCGCAAAGAUAUCAAUCUUCCGCCAAAGGAAAUUACUAAUUGGAAAGUCGCUUAUCAAACAUCCUUUUAAUGCACAAAGAGCAGUAAACUUAUCACUUUCAACUUCAAAUUGUUACAUCGCCGGUUCCCAACUAACUGUUUCUUAAAAAAUGUCGGACUUGGAGACGAUGAUAAGUGUUCUUUUCGUAAUAAGGAAACGGAAAACUUGAUACACUUAUUUUGGAGAUGAGAAAAAACAAAACAUUUUUGGGAUAGUGGAUGCAGUCUUGCCAACUCACCUUUCGGUGAACAUAAUUACUUACACAUAAAUACGGCUUUGGGUCUAAGGCCAGAUAGAUCUAAACACAAACUCCAAAUCAAUUUUUGUUGCUUAAUUGCCAAGCACUAUAUCUGGCUUUGUCGCUUAAAAGAACAUCCCGCCAAUUUAAACAACUUUUUGCUUUAUUUAAAACACAUUUAUCAAAUAGAAAACAAUGCCUCUACUGAAAAAAAUAAAUGGGAACCCUUGUUGCCUUAUAUAAGCCUUUUGACCUAGCUGAGUCUCCAAAACUUAAUUAAAAAUAAAUAUCUUCUCUACAUCUCUUUUUUUGUUUUGACUGUGCCCUUUUACCCAGGGAAAAAAAAGGAAACGAGAGAGCAGGGAGAGAAAAAGGAAAAAAAGAACCAGAUGUAUUAACUUCGCAUUUGCUUUUAGCCUGCUGCUCUCCUCUCAAUUGAUGCUUUGUUUGCUUUUUGAUGUGUGUGCGGUUUUUUUGUGGUUUUCUUUCUUUUGUCACUUUUUACUUGUAAUUAAUUUGUUGUUGUUGUUGUUGUUAAAAUAAAUCAAUCAAUUUAAAAAAAUGUCGAACGAAUAGCUCGCGUAAUGUUGGUCAGGAGGCAGUGAUUGCAAUUUUUCAUCUUUAUACGCCUCUAAUGUCUUCCAAAAGGAAAGGUAGAUCUAGUACAACAUCUCAAUCUUCUAAUCAGUCACCUGAAGAGAAAAAAAGCAAAAAUAGUGAAACGGACGGAGUGUUUGAAGCGCUGGAGAAGACGUCGGUCUGAAACUGCAGCGUUUGCUGGAUAAAUUAGAAAAACUCGAUUAGAUAGAAGCGCAUCUUAGCGAGGUCUCUGCCAGUCUUGCUAGUAUUGAGGAGAAAGUAUCUCGUUUAGAUGAAGAUGUACAAGACCUGAAGCAAAAAACAAACAGAGUGGAAAAGAAAGCGGUCCGGAUUUGAAGGAAGUAUACAGUUCAACAAAGACGACAUUUCAGAUCUGA